AUGAAGCUGGCGUUUGUGUUCGUGGUGGUGUUGGCGCUUGCUUGCUCCUCGUCGGCUCAAUACAGUACUUGGCAGAGCUACUAUUCGGCCCUCUAUAUCAGAAUAGGACAGAUUAAAGCCAAAAUCAUCUCUCUCACAAGCAACGUUAACGCCUGUUCAUGUGACAUCGCACUAAAAGGUGAAAAGGGAGAUUUAGGUGACACGGGGCCGACUGGUCCCAACGGACCUGCGGGGCCAAAGGGAGAUAAGGGUGAACCCUCCACAGACAAAGGAGACCCCGGGGCACCGGGGUCAGUUGGUGCUGAAGGCCCAGCCACACUAGGAUCGCUGGGGCAGAAAGGUAUACCUGGCGAUACUGGACCUAAAGGACUUAAGGGAAGUAAGGGAGGUAAAGGAACCAAGGGAGACGUUGGCUUCCCAGGCUCUAAAGGAAGCAAGGGCACGAAGGGGGCUAAAGGAUCUAAAGGCGUCACGGGGAAUGCAGGCGAGACUGGUCCAACAGGGGAUAAAGGGGACGCUGGUGGCACAGGGGACAAAGGAAGUCAGGGCUCUAAAGGGGACAAGGGAGAAGUGGGCGCUCCUGGAGAGAAGGGGGAAAUUGGAUUUGUAUUGUAGAUACUGUCGGGGAGAAGGGAGACUA